GUUCCAGAAUUUAUUUUUCAUUCACAAGCCGAAGUUUGAGUACAACAGUACAAAAAUGUUUUUGAAGUGUUUAAUAUUAUUUAUAUCUCUUAGUAACGUAUUUGCCUCUGAAUCAUGGAGGAAACCCGGAUGUCAUCGAAUUGGCCAUACCAGGAACAUAAGCAUACCAGACUGUGUAGAAUUCAAAAUCACUACAAACGCCUGUCGAGGAUUUUGCGAAUCUUGGUCACUGCCCAGUAUCAUGUUGGGUUUCAAGCGGCAUCCCGUUACGUCAUUAGGUCAAUGUUGCAAUAUCAUGGAAUCCGAAGACGUACCUGUGAAAGUGCUGUGCUUAGAUGGAGAAAGAAAUUUAAUAUUUAAAUCAGCCGUUUCGUGUUCUUGCUACCAUUGUCAAAAGGAAUAAGUAGAUUGAAUUCCGUAGAAGUCUUCAUCUCUUAAAAAAAAUGUGUUUGUUCAUUACUGUGUAGAAAUUUAGACAUACUUAAAUUACUAUAGAAACUGAAAAUACCUACUAUCUAAGUAUGUACUUAUCUAUAAGGAAAAAUAACUUGCAACAUCAUGUUAAAUGUUACCUACACUAGUUAAAUUAAAUGCGAUUAAACAUAUCGAACA